AGCGAAUGAACAUCAAAUGAUAGCCGGAGAAGGGUCCGUCAAGAGUAUUUCCGCUUUCAUCUCUUGUCUCGCCAGUGCGGACUUUAUCGAAUUCCUCGUCUCCUUGCCAGCCACACACAUUCCUCCGCGCCACCCAACAACGGCAACAUGUCAUAAUCAGUGCAACUCUAUUAAUUGUCAACAUCCUUUAAAAAAGACUGUCCAUCACACAGUUACAGUAAUUUAAGUACCUGAAGCAAAAUCCCGCGACUCUAAGCGCCAUAGGCGUGAAGGAGCUCGCUUGCAUUCUCAUACCAUGACCUCAAUGGACACCUUUACUCAUCCGCUUUCCGGAACGCAGAAAACGCGAGUACGACAGAAUACAGAUUUUAUUACGGCUAGAUUUCCAAACCCCAAGACCGGUCGGAUCAGUCCUAGCAACGUCAGCACCUUGACCACCCAUCACACGCCGGAGACUCUGGAGGAAGCACUGAAACGAUCAGCAAUUCCCAAUGCAUUGUCCACUAACGGAAGCGUACGCCCUCAUAGCGAGAGAAAGGGUGGUUGGCGGUCCAAUUCGAAGGACUGGUGGAUGGAAAUCAAAUCCAGCCCAGCUACCAAAGGAACGCAACGAUCCCGCAAGACCUCAAACGCGACGAUCUUGACAGACGGCGAAGGCGAGGAACCAGCCUUCGAAUCGGACGCCUUCGCAAUUCUCAUGCCAACCACGCGUGAGCCUAUCGAGCCCCCUGCUGAGCGUCCUAAAUGCGAGUUCCGCGCCAAGUUACCUUCCCCUUCCCUGGCCCAAGUAGCAGCAUAUCAGCAUUACGCGGAGAAGACUCGCAGAAACGCGUCUCAAGAAUACAAGAAGGAGCCUGUACCUAACCGUAUCGCAUCUUGGGACUACGCUUAUCCUGACCCACACUCCGCUCCUGAAGUCGUCAUGGAACAACGUCUUACGCCUCCAAUGUCUCCUCCCACCGACUCUCCAGGCACGUUUCCCGCUUCACCACCGCUUUCCCCUCUAGUCCCACCGCACCAUACCCGCCACCCACGAUCGAUCUCAACGCCAGCCCACUCCGUCGCCCGCAAGCCAGUCGCUGCAGAAUCUUCCUCUCGCCAGCAAGACCAUACACUCCCUCGCGACACUUUAGGCGGCGCUGAGCAUUCUCCACCUCUCUCCCCUUCCAUAGCCAAAGACAAAGUCAAGAUUCGCGUAAAAGCCAAAGCAAAAACCGAACCCGAGAAACCACAAAAGGUGUCCUGGUGGUCCCUCUACGCCCGCUCGGCACCUACCAUCACCGCCACGACCCGCUCCCACACCUCGUCUUCUUCUUCCGGCUCCUCAUCUUCCUCAGCACACACAACCUCCCGCACCCCUUCUCCCACCAAAAACCGAGUCGUCGCCCCACCCGCUGUCGCAUACACCCUCAAAGAGACCCCCGGCGCCUGGCACACCGCUCCGAUCACCACCAACGCAACAACCGACCCCGCUACUCAUCCCAAACCGCAAACCCCCCGCACCCGCGGUCUCGGCUUCUACCUCUCCUGGCUCAAACCUGCCGGACCUCGCCCACCCACCCCAACGCCCACUCCGGCACCCUACUCUUCCCCCUUCACCACCACCCAAACCCCCCGCCUGCACAAACUCAACGGCGUCCCUGCCCACCUCGCCGCCACCCCCGCUGCGCGUGCGCAGAAUGGCUUCGCACAGUUGCAGCGUGCGGUGUUGCUGCUGCUGAAGGUGUGUUUGGUGCUGUAUGUGGCGGUCGGGGCGUGGUUUGUGCUUGAUGCGGUGAGGGAGGCGAUGUGGGUGGUUACGUGGCCGGUGCAGGCGGUGGGGUUGGUGUUUGGAGUGUUAGGAAGGGUGCUGUGGGAGGUGGGGAGAUUGGGGGCGGAGGGGUGGAGGAGGUUGAGUGCGUAUGGGGGGAGGAGGUUUUAGGGAAGGGUGAGGUUGAGGGGGACGGCGGAGAGGGAAGAGGUGGAUGGAAGAGCAGGAUGGAAGGGGAGGAUGGAGGAGUGGGUAGAGGGAAAAUGGAGAGAUGGGAUGGGAUAGCGUAAUGGGGUUGGUGAGAGUGAGGUGG